AUGUCCAACAGCAAUAUUACUAGUACCUGGAAGAGCUUUUCCGACAAGUCUGGCAACUUCCAGCGCCCUCCCACCGUCCUCCAUGACAAGAUCUCCAAAGAGCCUGGAGCCAAAUUCCCUGCGGAGAAGGGCAGAUAUCACCUCUACGUCAGCUAUGCUUGUCCCUGGGCACAUCGGAUUUUGAUUGCUCGAAAGCUCAAGGGUCUAGAAGACAUCAUCCCAUUCACUUCUGUACACUGGUAUCUAAAAGACGGCGGAUGGCGCUUUGCGACUGCCGAGGAUACAGACGCCGAGGGAGAGAAUGUGACACCUGACCCGCUCCACGAGGACUUUACUCAUUUACGACAAGUUUACUAUGAAUCUAACCCCGACUACCAAGCCCGAUUCAGUGUCCCUGUGCUGUAUGACAAGAUCCAGAAAGUCAUUGUGAACAACGAAAGCAGCGAAAUCCUUCGCAUGUUUGGCACAGAGUUUGACGACAUCAUCGACGAAAAGUAUCGCAAUGUCGUGCUAUAUCCCGAAGCGCUCCAGGGCCAGAUUGACGAGGUCCAUUCUUGGCAUUACGAUAACAUAAACAACGGCGUUUAUAAAUGCGGCAUUGCAACCACACAAGAAGCUUAUGAGCGUGCCGUUACGGAACUUUUCGAGGCCUUGGAUAAAUGCGAGAAGCACUUUGCAUCGACUGAAGGCCUUCAUUGGUUUGGUAAGGUUCUUACAGAAGUUGAUGUUAGGCUCUAUGUCACACUUAUCCGGUUCGAUGUUGUAUACGUUCAACACUUCAAGUGCAAUAUUCGCGACAUCCGCUCUGGCUACCCGCACAUCCACAAAUGGCUGCGAAACCUUUACUGGAACGUCCCAGCGUUCAGAGAAACCACCAACUUCCUGCACAUCAAGAACCACUAUACCAAGAGUCAUACGCCUAUUAACCCUCUUUCAAUUACCCCUGUUGGUCCACUUCCGCACAUCCUGCCUCUGGACGAGGAAGUUGCUGCUGUAAAAGCAAGUGUAUAG